CAAUAUCCAGUGGAUCGAAAGGAGGAGAGAGAGAAACGAGAAUGAAGAAAAUAAUGAGUAUACAAGAAGAAUGCUGAGAAGAAGAGCAGAAUUCGAGGAAGAGGAGGAAGGCAUAGAGAAGGAGACGCUGGCGACGCGAAUCUGCAGGGCCGCGAAGGUGGUCUCCGGAUUUCUCAUCUCCAUGGGACUCGUGCUCGUGUUCUAUGUGAUUAUCACCACCAUUAUGGGCGAGAAAUCUCCACUGGACAUCUUCAACUUCGACCUGGAGACAGACGACCUCAUGGAGCGGCGAGGCAACUUCACGGACCCGACGCUCGUCAACUCCAUCGCGAAGAGAGACCCUGGGGACGGAGAGGCCUCGGGGUUCCCCGUGCGGAGUCUCACCAUCGAAGGCUUCGGCCACGCGUCCAGCGACGCUCCCGCCCUGGGGAAGGAAGCUGCGACGGCAGAGGCCGACGGAGACUAUGAUAACUAUGACACUGGCUAUGAGGACAGUGCAUCGGGCACCAACACCAAUGGAACACUGCCUUCGGACCCCGAAGGGCGCUCCUACGUGGCAUAUAUCCCCGUUCCACUUAAUAAUGAAGAGGAAGAAGAGGAUUAUGAAGAGGAAGACGAUGAGGAGGAGAGAAGACCGUCUAACUCCAACCCAGUAUUUGUUCCCGUGAUGAUCAUGCCGGAGGGAGGUGCUCCUGGCAUGAUGGGCAUGGGCCCUCAGUUCCCGGUCCAGAACGGACGGCCUCCCCCUCCUCCUCCCGGAAGGCGGCCUCCGCGGCUACCCUUCCCCCAGCAACCUCCUCGCAGGCCAGUGCACCUCCCCCCUGUUCCCGCCGGCCGCCCCCAGCAGCCGCGGAUGCCCCUGAGUGGCCACAGUCCCAACCUCAGGAACCCUCCACUGAAUACAGGAACUAACAGCAGAAACGGAAUAAUCGGUAUGAAUGGUGGCAUGAGUAAUAUACCCAGUAGAUUUACUGACGGUGAUUUCUACACUGCAGAAGGAAACACUAAUGUGUAUACCAUGAAUCAAGGUGUAAAUAAUAGGCCAAGUAUAAACAGUGGGAUGAACAGUAGGAAUAGAAUUAACAAUGUUAAUAGCGGGAUGAGAAAUAUGCAAAAUAUGAAUAGUGUGAACAGGGGUAUCACCGCAAAUAGGAAUAUGAACAGUGCAAAUGGGGUAGACAGAAACCCUGACCUCGGGAACCCGCCGUCUCCUGGGCACACGGCACAGGAUAUAUGGAAUUCUUUGGCUGACAUAAUGAGCAGGCCCAGUGGCAGUCCUUUGCUGCCUAACCCUAGCUCCAGUCGCCCGGCCGUGCCGCCGCCCGCAGGAAACGUUGGGCCUCGAGCACCGCCCGGGGCCCCUCCGCGGGCUCGGGUAAGACCAUCCCCAAUGAUAACCUCUCGAGGACCUGGACACCCACUUGGACCGCCACCACCCUUACCACCCGCCCGUCGUGUGCGCCCACGACUGCUCCCCAAAUCCCGCAUGUCAGGCCCGCUCCCCAAACCACGACCACCACGCCCCCACUACCGACGCCCCCUGCUUCCCCCCAUUCCUCCUCCUCCUGGUAUGCCCAUCGUGCGCCGCAGACAACCCCGUCCGGCACCGGCCCACCGACCGCCGAGGGAUUUCCAGUACCCACGCGACUCAGACAGCAUCCAGGACAUCAUCAGGUACAUGAGAGACAAGGACCAAAGGCAAGGUGAAAGCAAGGACGUGCGACUCCCCCCUGGGUUCUCCAUAGGAAGCCAAGACCACAUCGUUGGCCACAACGGCUUCAGGCCCAACAGUGGCUUCACCAUUGGCAGCCAAGACCACAUCAUAGGCAGCAACCCCUUUGGCGACACCCUGAGCAAUAUCAACAUCCAAAGCCAAAGCGAUGUGGGCUUCGGAAACAUCCAGCAGACAAGUGGAGAGAAAUUCAACAAUAAUUAUAACUUCAACAGUGGUGGCGGAAGUAAUUUUAACAACGGUGGUGGAAACAAUUUUGGCGGAGGAGGAAAUGGUGUUCGCGUGAGUGGCGGCGGCGGGAUUCCCGGCUUCAACAGUGGAAGUAACGGUGGGGGCAAUUAUUUCAACAAUGGAGGCAAUAACUUUAACAGUGGUGACAAUUUCAACCAAGGUGGUAAUCACUUCAACAACGGUAACAGUAACUUCAAUAACGGUGGCGGAAAUUUAAAUAACGGGGGUAAUAGUUUCAAUGGCGGUAGCAGCAUGUCAGUCAUUCCUCCUGUCCAGAACACAUAUGACCGCGGUACUUCGAAGUCAAGACCUUUUAACAUCAUGUUGGACGUGUAUCCCAUGGAUGACAACCCAGUGCCAUCUGGCUCACGACCUUUCCAGACGAGCAUUUCUUUCAACGGGGGUAAUGGACGCUUCGAUUCAAACAGCAAUGGAGGCAGAUUCAGUGGUGGCAGUUCCAAUAAUUAUGAUAGUGGCAUCAAUGGAAAUGCUUAUAAUAAUGGUAACAGCUACGGCAGUUACAAUGGAAAUGGAUUCAACAACAACAAUGGCAACAGAUACAACAACAACGACAGAUUCAGUGACAGGGACGACGCCAACAAGCACGAGGUCAUCCUCCAUCUGAACCUAUUUUCGAAGUCUCCUCUGUCCGUUCGCCGACAAGGGACUGUCGACGACUUUGCCAGCGGCCGGAGUGGGGCGGUGUCACUGGAGCUUCCCCUGACUGGCCAGCUGAGUCCCCUCGACGUGUACAAGGCAAUCAUCAAUAAAGCACGAACCUCCACCGCACAGGCGCAAGUCCAGCUUCCUCCAGGUGUAGAGACAGACUCACGGGAUGAGGUGGAGAUUGAGCUGUUCGACGUUGAAGAGGGACCAAGGCUCCUUCAGGCAAUCGAGUAUGGCCUCCAGGAGCUGAACCCGAGCCUUCCGCCAGACCUGCGCUUCGUCUUCGACAACUCGCCGGCGUCCGCCUCCGACCUCCAUCAGGCCGUUAACGGAGAGAACACAGGUCCAUCGAGGAACUCUUCUGCGAGCUCCCCCAACGACGGCGAGGAGAUGUGGCCGUCGCCCUCCUGGCCUGCCGUAGAGUUCGCCCACAAUGACGACUACAGUUAUUAUGACUACUACGAGUAUGAAGAUUAUGGUAUGGACGUAGUGGACCCUGAAACAACUACACUAACAGCAACGACAACAACAGCUGCUGAAACGACCACAUCGGGCAGCAAGGAAGAAGAAGCGGAAUUGCUCCCGACUCCGUGCUGGCACUCAUCUGAGAAUGACAAAAAUCUCAGUGGUGCCACCUAAAGUGUUCAAAUAGGAUUUUAAACAAUCUUAGCAGAAAUGAAUGCCUGUGUUUGACAUAAACAUAUUGGACAUAUUAUUUCAACAUGCAAAACUAAAAUCGAGAAAUGUACAGAGCAAAAUGUGUAGUACAGUACAUGCAGAAUUGUUGCAUGUAAUUUCAAGAUACCGCUGCCGUGUUGAUAUUAUUAUUAGAUAUAAAUGAGGCUUUUGGUUAUGAGUUUUCAUCGUCUUGAUGUUUCUGUAAUAUUUUUGUGGAAGAUACUGGUUACUAUACAGAAUCGCUUGAAUGGAAACCAAUCAAGGAGUUUGGUUCAGGACAGAUCAUUUAGAUUCUAGAGUAACGGUGAUUUGUGAAUCACUGUAAGAUAUGUAUUGAAAGGAUCAUGUCUUUAUUUUCUCAACUCAUUUACAUAUAAAACAUUUAAUUUAUUUAACGCACGCACACACACACAUACACACGCACGCACGCACACACACACACACACGCACCCACGCACGCACACACACACACACACACACACACACACACACACACACACACACACACACACACACACACACACACACGUACAUACAUAUGUAUAUAUGUAUGCGUGUGAUUGCGUGUAUGUGUGUAUACACACAUUUUCCUGUAAGGACCAGGACGGUGCAUUCCUUCAAGGUUAGAAGUGGAUGUAUACAAUGGAUCUGAAAGUUCAGUCAUCAUAAUUUAAAAAUACCAUUAAUUAUCAUUAUCAUUUUUCUCACAUAUUGCUCCAAAUCUUUUCUCGAUUUUUCUUUUCAUCCCUAGAACUGAUAGCUAUUAUGCACGUCCUGUGAAAAUGAUUAGUGGAAAUGGAAACACUGUAUUGCUCCCUGGGAGGUUCUACAUAAAUGUACUGAGAAAGCCUUAAACGCUGCGUCAGGACUUUCGUUGGGCUUGUUAUUUGACUGGGCAUUUUGUUUGUGAUAUUCUCUUAAAACAUGUUUUCUAACACAUAUACAGUGUCUGUGUGUGUAUAUUGAUUGUUGUUGCUCUAAAUAAUUUAUUUGAUGAAUAUAC